AUGCUUGCAAGCGUGUCGGUCGCUGUGGCUCUGCCUGGAGUCGACGCUCGUGGCACUGGCUGGACCCGCCUCCCGCCGCUCGUCCACCCGCGCCUGCUGCACGCCUCGGUGGCGGUGGCGGUCGGUCCGGCCGAGCUCGAAGCUGCUGGGCAUGUGAUGGGCAAGGCGGCGGUGCGGCGCAUGGGUGAUGGUGCUCACCUCGGCUCGCUGCCGGACCUAGAGGUGCUGGACUCGAUCGAGUGUCUGGUGAAUGAUGGCAAGGCGUGGUCGGUCUUGCCUCAGUUGAAGCUGCCGAGGCCGAUGUACGGCUUGGCGGUGGCGCGGUGGAACAAGACGGCGGUGCUGGCCGCGGGCGGAUCGGGCGAGACCGGCGGGUCGGCGACGGGUACCCGGGAUGUAUGGCUCAUCGACUUUGCUCGCGGGACCGUUGAGCCCGCACCGCCGCUACCGUUUGCUAUCUUUGGCGUGCAAAUGACCGCGGGCGGCGAUGGUGAUGCUGGUGGGGUGUGGCUGGCCGGCGGAUGGCGGAAUUACAAUCUGUGCGCGCAGCAGCUGCUCCGCCUCAACGCCACUGCUGCGGCGUGGCAGGUUUUCCCGCACGCGCGAUACGCGCAUUGCUUUGGCGGGAUGGGCGUGCAUGGCAAGGAAGUGGGCAAGGACACGGUGUUUGUCUUUGGCGGAUCGGCCGACAACGCGCCGGCGCUCAACACGCUGGAGCAGUUUGCGGCGAGUUCCUCUGGAUGGACCGUACUCCAGCCGCUUGUCUAUGCACGCGACAUGAUGGCUGCAGCGCAGGUUGGCGGGGCGCUGUACGCCAUUGGCGGGCGCGAUCCUGAGAUGGCGUUCCUCGACUCGGUCGAGGUCUACCACCUUGACAGCGGAUGGGCGGUAGAUGCGGCGCUGACGCUGCCGGUCCCGCUGGCGGGCGCGUCUGCAGCGACGAGCGGGAGGCUGGUAGUAGUCUCGGGCGGGGUCUCGGCGUUUAACGCGACGCACGCAAGCGGCGGGGCAUUUCGGCUGGAUGUGGCGUAGACGAGGUGCUGGAUGGCUGGCUUUACUGCUGCUGAGCGUCGGCUGAUGUGUCUGCGGCGGGAUCGGCAGCGGCGGCGUCAGCGGCGCGGCGGGCGCGGUAAACAGGGUCGACGGCC